GCCAGCACCAACAUCCCACCUCCUUAAUUCACCGAACAACAACCCAUCACCGUGUCAGCAAAUGAACUCCUAAAGCAAGUCUAAUUAUGUAAUUUUAAACCUUUGGAUAAGAGAUGUCGUAAUUCUAUUAGCCCACAUCCACCAAUUAAGAUUUGUAAGUGUAGACAAACCCCUUGGGUAACGGUUGACAGAGUCUAGCUAGCCACUCGCCAGCAAGAAAGACGUGCACUAAUCACGGAAUUGGCGUUGCCUUUUACGUAUUUUCAAUUAUUUAUUCCUAAUAAUUAUUUUGUGGUGGACUAUUCAUUAUCUUUGUAUAUUUUUCUUGAAGAAAAAAGGAAAUUAUUCGGGAUCCGAUAUUUGGGUUAGUCGCAGGUAAACAAGGAAAGAUCCAUAAAAAAUGGAGGAAAAUUAAGAACGAUUUUCAAGGCUAUAAUGGAUCCUGCAACACUUUUUUGGGCACAGAACAAAAGUGAUCAUAUCUCAAAAGAAACAAAUCAACCCAGAAGACAAUCAUCUUGAUUGGUUUUUGACAGAUCAUUACUGGAACUGAUGAACCAAGCUGCCUCACAUAGCAAAGUACAAGAGUUCUUGUUCGAGUUAGUUUGCUAAGGUUUUGUCUUUUUGACUUUCUUGUCUUCGGUUUUUUAAGGUUUAGGGAAUAGAGAUUAUUAAGAUUUGAGAUUUCUUAUGAACAUGAGCGAGAAGCAACCCGCGAAGUUAAAUGAUGAGCAAAUCGCUGAACUACGAGAAAUCUUUCGUUCUUUUGAUCGGAACAACGAUGGCAGCUUGACACAGCUGGAACUUGGUUCCCUUUUGCGGUCCUUGGGCCUAAAACCGAGCUCUGACCAAGUGGAAGCCUUAAUACAAAAGGCUGAUACAAAUAGCAAUGGGUUGGUGGAGUUCUCGGAGUUUAUUGCCCUGGUGGCUCCGGAGCUGCUGUCGGAGAAGUCACCAUACAGCGAGGAGCAACUGAAGCAGCUGUUUAAGAUGUUUGAUAGGGAUGGUAAUGGUUUUAUCACUGCAGCUGAGUUGGCACAUUCUAUGGCGAAACUCGGACAUGCACUGACGGUAGAGGAGUUGACAGGGAUGAUUAAGGAGGCCGAUACGGAUGGGGAUGGGAGGAUUAGUUUUGAGGAGUUCUCACAGGCGAUUACUUCCGCUGCUUUUGAUAAUUCUUGGGCUUGAAGGCAUAUAAAUAAAUAUAUAGUAGUUCUUUGGGGUGAGAUGAUUCCAAUUCCAAAUGCAUUCCAACACUUGAGUGACGUAUCCCACAGGCCAUAGCUCAUUGUCCUGUAAGAACUUGAUUGUAACAGGCUGAUUCCUUGUAAAAUUGAACUUUGGUUAUCAUU